AUGCACGUUCUCUCUGAGCCUGAUGUGGCUCAGGUCUUUCGCAGCCUGUCUCAGACGCAGUGUCAUGAAUUCAUCCACAUUCUCGAGGAUGCUCUGAAGGCAAUCGCGACCGAGUCCAAGCCCCAUGUCUCGGAAUCCGACAAACGGAUUCAUCAGCCCUUGCGUACAGUCUUCUCGACCGCGGCUGACAGCUCCUGCAUCUUCAUGCCCGUGUCCGACACCGCUUCGAUUGGCAUCAAGAUUGUGACGGGUACAAAGACUGGAAUUCAAGGCGUGAUCAACAUAUUUUCCCCCGAUGGCCGUCUCCAAGGUCUCUUGGCGGCGGCGGAGGUCACGGCCUUUCGAACAGCUUUGGCAUCCAUGACCCUCUUGGUGCGCAGCCAGUGCAUCCGCAAGGAGAACAUUGUGGUCUUUGGGUCGGGUCGCCAAGCAGAGUGGCAUGCGCGCCUCGCCCUGCUCCUAUACCCCAAGGAGAUCAAACAAAUUACUUUUGUGAAUCGUGGACGUCAACGGUUAGAAGAGAUGGAGCACGAGGUGUUCAAGGAUCUCCGCCAACGUCAUCCAGACACUGCGCUCCACACGCUCGCCAAAGAGGCAACGCCCGACUAUGAACAACAACUCCUUGCGCGGCUUCAAUCAUGUGAUGUGAUCUUUAGCUGUACCCCUUCCCUAGAACCCAACUUCCCGUACUCUGCCCUCCAGGCCGCGCCUCGACAGCGUUUCAUCUCACUGAUUGGGUCCUACAAGCCUUCCAUGCACGAGAUUGACACAGACACCCUUCUCUCGGGCGGAGGCAAGAUCUUCGUCGACUCAACAUCGGCAUGCUUGGAGGAAGCGGGGGAAUUGAUCACCGCCGGAAUCACGGCGGCGCAGUUGACCGAGAUGGGAGAUCUUUUGAACGAACUUGGUCCGUCAGAGCCAUUGGCUAUUCCCGAGGGAGCCAAUGUGAUCUUCAAAUGCGUUGGGAUCGCGCUUAUGGAUCUGGCGGUAGGCAAGAAGAUCCUCGAGGUCGGCCAGGCGAAGGGUCUGGGCGUUCAUCUCGAGGGAUUUUAA